AGAUAACAAUCGAAUUUCCAGAAUGGCUGAAUCUGCGUUUUACGAUCUAUCGAGUUUGAGAAUCUUACGGUUUGAUAACAAUUUUCUUACUUCAACUAGUGGCCUUCAAAAUCUGACAACAUUGCAAGUACUGUGCUUGAAUGGUAACAAAUUAACAGUCAUUGACCAGUUUGCCUUCAAGAGUUGUGUAAAUCUGGAAACUCUGCGAUUAGAAAAUAACCGUAUAACAUCAAUUCACAAGAGAUCUUUUGAGAGUUUAGUCAAAUUGCGAAUCCUGCGAUUAGAAAACAACAAGUUAACGUCAAUUGAAACACCUACGUUCCAGUAUCUGAUCAGUUUGGAGACUCUGUACUUUUUCGACAAUAACUUGGCGACAAUAGAUGAAACUGCAUUCUCAAAUAUGGAAAAAUUAGAAAUAUUACGUUUAACUGGAAAUGAGUUGGUGACUUUAGGAGAACAAACCUUUCUGCCUCUGCAAUCACUACGAAAUUUGCAGUUACAUUCCAAUCAACUGACGAAUUUGGGCGGCAACACUUUCCAAUCUCUGACUAAACUAGAGGUUCUGACAUUAUACAAUAACCUAUUGAUAUGUAACUGUAAUCUUCAUCCAUUUGUGAAGUGGUUGAAUCAGACAAAAAGUAAAGUAAUUGGUGCUGUCUGUAAUGGAACAACAAUUAGCGUCAUGGAUUUUCCGUACAGCAAAUGUUAUGAUGAAGGGGUUAACGCUACAGAGAUAACCAACAUUUUUCAAUCUUCUGAUGAUGGUAAUAUAGGAGUAGUUUUACUGUCCGUGAUCAUGGCUGGAUGUGUAUUGUUUAUAGUAGCAGUUUGUUUGUGUAUCAAGUGCAGAACAAGCCGUAAGGAUAUGUUCGACCAUAGCGAGUUAACAACUUCCAAAAGCUUGCCAGAAAAUGACAGGAGCCUAAGUCGUACUCAGUCAAAAUCAGUACCAGAUGGAUAAUACGGAAAGCUGAAUAAGUUGACAAACAAAAAGAAUUAAAUGUCUUGUAAUAUAAUUGUUUUGCCAUUCAAGAAAUAAAGUGCUGUUUUAUCUGCAGUUUAA